GGUAUCAUCAGCCGAGCCGCUGGGUCGCGAAAGCCCGGUGCGGGGAGCGGGCGCCGAUGGACGGGAGUUCGGCGCCGCGGACCGUCUGAGCGGGCGGGGGCGUGUGCGAUCGCCGGGCAGCCAAGCGCAGCGGGCGGCCGCGGCGUUCCCAGAGACCGAGAACCCGGUACAGAGGCAGGCAUGUUCCCUCGGCUGCUGCUGGCGGCUUCUGUCGCCAUCGUGCUGCAAGUUACCCGGAGCUACAAGCCGGUGAUCGUGGUGCACGGCUUGUUCGACAGCCCCGGGGACCUGCUGACGCUCCAAGCUUACAUCAACCAGUCGCACCCUGGAACCAACGUGACUAUCAUCGACCUGUUCGACCGGACGCAGAGCCUGAAGUCGCUGUGGAGUCAGGUGGAAGGCUUCAAACAAGCUAUCUCCCCCAUCAUGCAAAAUGCAGCCAAUGGGGUACAUAUGAUCUGUUACUCCCAAGGUGGCCUGAUCUGUCGGGGAAUUCUCUCCACCAUGCCGGACCACAAUGUGCACACACUGAUCUCCCUGUCAGCCCCUCUGCUCGGCCAGUACGGAGAUACUGAUUACCUGAAGUGGUUUUUCCCAAAGUACGUGAAGACCAACCUUUACCACUUCUGCUACACACAGUUGGGGCAGUGUUUCUCCAUCUGCAACUACUGGAACGACCCUCACCAUCACGACAUGUACCUCAACUUCAGUAACUACCUGGCUGUCCUCAACAACGAGACACAGAACCCCAAUGCCACAGUAUGGAAGAAGAAUUUCCUGAGGUUGAAGCAGCUUGUUCUGAUUGGAGGGCCGGACGAUGGUGUUAUCACCCCCUGGCAGUCCAGCCACUUUGGAUUUUAUAACGAGAACGAGACGGUGGUGGAGAUGAAGAAUCAGUUGAUCUACCUGAGGGACACGUUCGGGCUAAAGACGCUGGACAUGAGGGGGGCCAUUGCGACGUUCGAGGUCCACAACGUGCACCACACAGACUGGCACUCCAACAGGACUGUGUUCGACCAGUGCAUCGCCAAGUGGCUCACGUAAGCGCCUCCCGUGCCGCGGAGGGAGGUGAGGGUCUGGGAGCCGCGCUCACAGAGCGCCUCGCAGACCGAACCCGACUGCAACACCGCAGCCCCUCCCACAGGUGGACGGAUAGAGGAGGGAGGGGAAACGAGACUAGGAGGAUGGAGCCAUAGUCAAGGAGACUGUUUACGGUUUGCCGGCUUAAUUAUAGAGACAGUGGAGCCUGGGGGCUGACCUCUGUGAAAGAGGAGGAUGGCUCCUGGAUUUGUGAUGUGCGGGAGGAAUGGAGGGGUGGGGGAGGGAAGGUGUGGGGAAGAGUGAGGUGCUGAGUAGAGGGGCACUGGUGGUCCAAGCACAAAGGUCCCACUCUGGGGGAUGAAUUGACAGCAUCACCAGUAGCAUUAUAAAUUUAAUUAUUUCAUUAAUCUCAAACAAUUUUAAUCUCAUUUCUAAACUCUGCAAUUCCCUUCUCUCCUCUGGGUGCACACACAGGAGAUUCUUGUCCCUGCUCCAAUGUCGGGAAGAUCUCGCAGUCCAACAUCUCAAACUAUUUGGGGUCCUCCGACCGAUGUUGGAGUCACCCUCUGAUCACCAGAGUUUCUCUGUCGUUCUUGUCAGCGGCUCGUUGCAAACGCACCUCCGUCGCCUCACGGACGGUUAGCCUCCCUCAAGAGAGCUGUGGCCAGCCGAGUUUCCGUGGGCCGCAUUGGCCGACUGCGUUCUUCCUCUUCACGUUCUCCCUCCAUCACUCCCGUAUCGCGCCAGUUGGGUUUGAGUUUGCCUCCCAUUUUGUAAUACAGUGUUUCAUAACUUUGGUGGAAAAUUUGUCCUUUUGAAGGGAAGGAAAAGAUUUUCUAUAUUGGAAGCUUUUAAAAUCAUAUCCAGAAUAAUAAUUUUGAAGGAAUGGAUGUUUGUAAGCAUUAAAUAUUUGAGAUAUUUUGCCUUUUAUAUGUAAAAAAAUAGUAUUAAUGCAGGGACGAUUUUAGGCAGUAAAUGUUAUUACAUACCUCAGGAAUACCAAGCACCAGGUAUUGGAGGAAGGAGAGUCAUCUCUGUUGAGACAGGGAUAGGAUUGGGAAACUUCCUCCUGUGUUUCCGCUUCCUUCCAAUGUGGCAAACUUGUGGCUUUUGUAGGCCAGAGACUUCAUUUGAUGGGCUGAAUGGCCUUAUUCUGCUCCUACGUCUUAUGGUCUAUUCCCAAUCUAAGCCAUUAUUUUCGAGUCCUGAAAAAUCACAUCUAUUUUUAGAAGGGAAAAGUAUUGUUUGAGUCUACCAAGAAAGUUUGUCCCAUGUUUGUUUAGAGCAGCGGUUCCCUAUCCUGAGGUCCAUAGACCCUUCGGUUAAUAGUCGGGGUCCAUGGCAUCAAAAGGGUUGGGAAUCCCUGGUUUAGAGUGGAUAUCACUGAAAAUAGUAUGUAUUGUACAGCCUUUGCCUUUUUUGACUGUAUUUUCACCUUUUGGGUUCCACCAGAUGGAGUUCUUUUGACGGCUUAGCUUUCACCGUUGAAAUUAUACUAUUGAGGCAGGGAAAUUGUAUUGUUAAGUAUUUCAUGGGGUCUUCAUCUUCACCCUGGGUCAGGUAGUGGUGUGGCACCAAGUUAAGAUGACAGCGGUUGGACAGAUAAGGGCUCGGAGGUUAACUGUGUCAAGGCCGAAGUGAGGUGUGUUCCAGGAAGAGUUAGCCGCUCAGUGUUUGUCAGGGUCUGUAAUCGCAGCUGCUGGAAUGAGAAAUGAAAGAAAGGCGGCCGUGGGGAGACGUUACUGGAAGUUGGAGAGAUCGAUGUUCAUGCCAUUAGGUGGGACAGAUGGAAUGUGAGGUGUUGUUCCUUCUGACUGUUACUGUUACGCCACUGGUGUUUAGGGCAGCAAUGACGGUCCGCCAUCUCUGUCUGUCAAUAGACAAUAGGUGCAGGAGUAGUCCAUUCAGCCCUUCGAGCCAGCACCGCCAUUCACUGUGAUCAUCGCUGAUCAUCCACAAUCAGUACCCUGUUCCUGCCUUCUCCCCAUAACCUUUGACUCCGCUAUCUUUAAGAGCUCUAUCUAACUCUUUCUUGAAAGAAUCCAGAGAAUUGGGCUCCACUGCCUUCUGAGGCAGAGCAUUCCACAGAUCCACAACUCUCUGUGUGAAAAAGUUUUUCCUCAACUCCGUUAUAAAUUGUCUACCCCUUAUUCUUAAACUGUGGCCUCUGGUUCUGGACUCCCCCAACAUCGGGAACAUGUUUCCUGCCUCUAGCAUGUCCAAUCCCUUAAUAAUCUUAUAUGUUUCAAUCAGAUCCCCUCUCAUCCUUCUAAAUUCCAGUGUAUACAAGCCCAGUCGCUCCAAUCUUUCAACAUAUGACAGUCCCGCCAUCCCGGGAAUUAACCUUGUGAACCUACGCUGCACUCCCUCAAUAGCAAGAAUGUCCUUCCUCAAAUUUGGAGACCAAAACUGCACACAGUACUCCAGGUGUGGUCUCACCAGGGCCAUGUACAACAGCAGAAGGACCUCUUUGCUCUUAUACACAACUCCCCUUGUUAUGAAGGCCAACAUGCCAUUAGCUUUCUUCACUGCCUGCCGUGCCUGCCUGCUUCCUUUCAGUGACUGAUGAACAAGGACACCCAGAACUCGUUGUACUUCCCCUUUUCCUAACUUGACAGCAUUCAGAUAGUAAUUUGCCUUCCUGUUCUUGUCACUUGGCCUCUUGGUCUUGACGGCGUUCAGGGCAACUCUCAUCAUGCCAGUAGCUUGCCCUACUGUCAGUCAUGCAAGUCCCCGGUGGAGACUCAGGAAUACUGUCACACUCGGAUGUAAAGGGAUUCCUCAUCGCUCUUUCAUUAACACAUUUGUUUUACCAGUCAGGGUCGUCAGCUCCGAGCUGAACCCCGAGACUCGGAGGACCGGUGGACCACUCUUAGUCUGGCCACUAGCCUCUGACCUGUUUGGCACGGGUCACCCUUCCAAGAGCCAAAACAUAAAGCCCUGACUCCAGCCAACAUAACUCUUCGGAUCAUCGAGACGGGCAAGCCUCCAAACCGCGCCAAGGUUACUGUCUUUUUGGUGGUCCUGGCUUCCAGCUCUAGGAAUUCCGGCCGAUUACGAACAGCUUCCCCGCGUGAAAAAGAAUUCUGUUUUCAUUGCAAAAUAUUUCCUCAGCUUAGCUUUUAGGUCAAAACAUUGGGAGAAUGGCUGACUGUCUAAUCCCAUGGAGUCUGUCUAUUAAUCGAUCAGAAUAUUACCUCAUCUGUAACAAAUUCAGUAAUCUGCUGAGACCUUAGUCGUGAUUUACCUUUGUGACAUUAGAUUUGAUGAAAUCAGUUCACUGUCAGCUUGUUGUGAUGGAGAACCCAGAAUUUACACUGGAUUUUAAUUAUUAUGACAGUCCAGUAUCCUGACAAUUUUCCCAUUCCCCAUCUUAACUGCUGCAUUAACCUAGUGAGUUUAAACUGAUUGCCCUCCCACUUUCCAAGUGAGAUAAUCUCUUACUGGAGUCCUCAUUAGUUUACGCUGUUCGGGUGUAAAUAAGUAAAUAGUAGAAGGUUAUUCUUCUACCAGAGGGGCAAAGGAGUCGUUUUAAUUCUUGCCCCAGCUGAUGCCAGGUUAGAGGGCUGAAUAUAUGGUUUGUGUGGUGUCAGCAAUGGAUGAUACUAGCAGGGCUAUGGUCCAGGUUGUGAUUUCAGUGUUCUGCGUUUUAUCAAGAAUUUCCAUCAUGCUAACACACGAGCUUGUUGUUUCUAGUUUGUCAUACACGGUGUAGUGAUUUGAAAACUGCGUUUUGUUGUCUAGUAGUUUCUGGUAUCUGCGGAGAUGAGAAGCUCACCUUAUGCGAAAUCCCUCGGGAUUUCAGAUCCAGAUUACUCCUGCAGUAUCUAAUGAGAUCAGAGUGUUUCCCUUGCACUUCAGAACAGAGGGAUAAAGAAAACACAUAAAACAUUCAGGAAUUAAUUCUUAAAACCAUAGAACACUAGAGCACAGAACCAGGCCCUUCAGCCCACCUAAAUCCAUGCUAUCGACCUGCACCUGGACCGUAGCCACCAUUCCCCUCCCAUCCAUGUUCCUAUCCAAACUUCUCUUCAAUGUAGCAAUUAACCCCACUUCCACUGGCAGCUCGUUCCAUACUUGCACGACCCUCCAAGGGAAGAAGUUCCACCUCAGGUUUCCCUUAAACACCUUAUCAUUCACCCUUAACCCAGGAUGUCUGUUUGUAGUCAGUCUCACCCUCAGAGGGAAAAGUCUGUAUGCAUUUACCCUAUCUAGGCCACUCAUCAUUUUGUAUAUCUCUGUCAAAUCUGCCCUCAUUCCCCUACACUCCAGGUAUAAUCUAUUCUACCUUUCCCUAUAACUCAAGUCCCAGUAACAUCCUUGUAAAUUUCCUCUGCAUUCUUCAAUCUCAUUGACAUCCCCGUAACUUUGACGUCCUGACUAAUCAGGAACUUAUCAACCUCCGUUUUAAGUACAUUGAAAGAUUUGGCCUCCACAACCACCUGCGGCAAUGAAUUCCUCAAAUUCACUACCCACUGGCGAAAGAAAUUCCCCCCUCAUCCCUGUUCUAAACAGACAUCCUUCUAUUCUGAGGCUGUGCUUUCUGGUCCUAGACUCUCCCACUACAGGAAACACUGUCCGCACAGCCACUCUGUGUAGGCCUUUCAGUAUUUGAUCGGUUUCAAUGAGAUCCACACUCAUUUUUCUUAUCUCAAAGGCUUCUCAUACAUUAACCCAUUCAUUCCCAGAAUCAUUCUUGUGAAUCUCCUCCAGACUCUUUCAAAUGCCAGUCCAUCUUUUAUUAGAUAAGAGACCCAGAUCUGGCAAUAUUGAUUACUCCUGGACAAUACAGCCUAUGGGAAAGUUGAAGGAGUGUCUGGUACUGGCUACCAGCUUGGCCCCUUGUUGCCCUGAUCAAUUUUGGGAAAAGGCCACAACCUCAUCUUAUCUGGCUCCUGGAUCCUCACCUCUGGUCUCUGGGGGAAAGAGCCGCAGCCCCUGGAGCACGAGCCAGAACCCUGAGCAUUGCUUCCAAACCUGACACCUCAGAAUGCCAGUGACUGGCUGUCUGUGUACAAUCUGCCAUGCUGAACUGCUCCUGACUACCUCUCUGCACCAGUAAGACAUACUCCAGGGAAUUCUCUGCCAUUUUCCUCAUCUCCCCGCCAGAGCUAAAGGCAAAAGGAAUACCUUUAUUCAGGAUAUGGUAAAAUGUUUUCAGCUAACAAAACUGCCAUCUGCAAGUAAGGGACAGGAAAUAAUCCUUAGUUAUAUACUGUAUUGAGUUUCAGUGCUGCUUAAGUCAAUACCAAUGCAAUGUGUGUGUGUGGAGCUCUCGUUAUCCACCACAGCAGAACCUUUGAUGUUGACUCUGAUGUUAAAGGGUCAACAUGUUUCCCAGGCAGAGGGUUAUUUCACCCCGUUCAUGUUCAAGUUUAUUGUCAUCUGACUGUUCAUGCAUACAACCAAAUGAAACAAUGUUCCUCCAGACCAUGGUAAACCCACACAGCACAUAAAACAAAAUAGUGCCAUAAGUUCCUAAAGUAUAAUUCAAAAGGAAUGCAGGUAAACAGAAAACAGUACAGAGCCAGCAGCUUGGUGAUAGCUACAUCUGUUGCUUCGAAGGGUGGUCUGCGGAUGAGUGAACGCUGGGGUGAGUGAAGCUGACCAUCAGAUCCAAUGGACAGUGGUUCUAUGAGAUAUUCUGCACAGACAGGUAUUGAACAAUUUCCACUGUACAUGAUGAUUACCUAUGAAGCCAUUUCCCUCAACUUGUUACCUUUUAUUUUUAACUUUUUUUUUGAGGAUUGUUUGUACAUUAUUUCUGCAUUGCCUUGUUAUUGUCCAAUAAAAUCAUUUUGAAAUACUAGAGUGUGACUGGUGCC